AUGCUCCUGCUGCGCUGCCCACUCCUGCUGCUGCUGCUGCCGCUCAGCUCCAGGCCCCAGAAGUUACCUACCAGAGAUGAGGAGCUCUUCCAAAUGCAGAUCCGGGACAAAGCAUUUUUUCAUGAUUCGUCAGUCAUCCCAGAUGGAGCCGAAAUUAGCAGCUACCUCUUCCGAGACACCCCUAAAAGGUACUUCUUUGUGGUUGAAGAGGACAACACUCCCUUAGCAGUGACAGUGACACCAUGCGAUGCCCCGCUGGAGUGGAAACUGAGUGUGCAAGAGCUCCCAGAGGAAGCCAGCGGAGAAGGUUCAGGUGAACCAGAACCUCUCGAGCAGCAGAAACAGCAGAUUACUAAUGAGGAAGGCACAGAGCUGUUCUCUUACAAAGGCAAUGAUGUUGAGUACUUUGUGUCCUCUAGUUCUCCAUCAGGUUUGUACCAACUAGAUCUGCUGUCGACAGAGAAAGAUACACAUUUUAAAGUGUAUGCAACCACUACUCCAGAAUCAGACCAACCUUACCCUGAAUUACCUUACGAUCCCAGAAUUGAUGUCACUUCUCUGGGACGUACAACAGUGACGCUGGCGUGGAAACCAAGUCCCACCGCCUCCUUACUGAAACAGCCAAUUCAGUAUUGCAUAGUCAUCAAUAAAGAGCACAAUUUCAAAAGCCUCUGUGCUGUUGAAGCCAAGCUCAGUUCUGAUGAUGCCUUCAUGAUGGCUCCAAAACCAGGUCUGGAUUUCAGUCCGUUUGACUUUGCCCAUUUUGGCUUUCCCUCAGACAACAACUCCGGCAAAGAACGUGGUUUCCUAAAAUCAUCAUCUAAGUUUGGGCGCCAAACAUCCUCAAAGCCGAGAGUUGACCUGCACAAAGUUUGUGUCGGGAACAAGAACAUCUUCACAGUGUCAGACCUGAAGCCUGACACGCAGUACUACUUUGACAUGUUUGCAGUAAAUACCAACACUAACAUGAGCACUGCAUAUGUUGGCACCUUUGCCAGAACGAAGGAGGAGGCUAAACAGAAAACAGUCGAACUGAAGGAUGGCAAAGUUACAGAUGUGUUCAUCAAGAGAAAGGGAGCCAAAUUUCUACGUUUUGCUCCAGUUUCAUCUCACCAAAAAGUCACCUUUUCCGUUCAUUCAUGCCUGGAUGCCGUUCAGAUCCAAGUGAGAAGAGACGGAAAACUUCUCUUGUCUCAAAACGUGGAGGGUGUGCGGCAGUUCCAGCUUCGAGGAAAAGCAAAAGCUAAAUAUCUCAUUAGGCUGAAAGGAAGCAAAAAAGGUGCUUCUAUGCUGAAGAUCCUGGCUACAACAAGGCCUAACAAGCAGUCAUUUCCUUCUCUUCCUGAAGAUACGCGAAUCAAAGCCUUUGACAAACUCCGCACGUGUUCUUCGGUCACAGUGGCAUGGCUGGGCACGCAGGAGAGGAACAAAUUCUGCAUCUACAAAAGGGAAGUGGAUGACAACUACAACGAAGAGCAGAAGAGAAGAGAGCAGAACCAGUGCUUGGGCCCAGAUACGAGGAAGAAAUCGGAAAAGGUUCUCUGUAAAUACUUCCACAGCCAGAACAUCCAGAAAGCAGUGACCACAGAGACAAUCAGAGGCCUGCAGCCUGGCAAGUCCUACCUGCUGGACGUUUACGUGAUAGGGCACGGCGGGCACUCCGUGAAAUAUCAGAGCAAAUUGGUGAAAACAAGGAAGUUCUGUUAGUGCCCCUCUACAUGGAAAUAUAUGGAACUCCACUCUGAGCAUUAUCCUACUUCCAAGUAUAUGGAUUGACUACUUGCACAGCUGAGAAGUUGUGACCUGUAUUUGUACUGUGUAGAAAAGAUAUCAACUUGUAUAUUUAUGUUUACAUAAGUAAUUGUUUGGAGGAACUGAGGCUGGUGCUCUCUGGUAGCAUCUGGCAACGGUAUUACCAUGUGUCCGGUGACCCACACGUGAUGCUCAGUAGAUGUCCAAGGUAGCAGGAAACCUCGAAGGAACUGGACUCCUUUGCUUCCAUAUUGCAUGAACUGCUUCUAAAUUAUUUUAUACUUAAAAGGCUGAGAUACAUCAUUCGUUCACCUUGUUAUUCACACACAAAACUCACAGACAUACACCCUUUCUCUCAGUGUAGAUGGUAGGGCUUCUGUAAAUUAUUUUAUAGAGUCUUGUUUUAAAUGUUUAUGUUUCUAUGAUUGUAAACUAUUAAAAUCUCUCCCCAAUAAAAUACAGAUCUAAACUAAGUAUUAACUGGGCUGCACAUGAAGCAGUUUCAUUGCUAAUGUAAAUUCUUACCUAGCUGAUUUUCAUGUUUAAAUACUGUAUGUAUUUCAUGUACAAAGUUGCCAUAACGUUAUAUGCCUGUACAUAAAAUUAAAAAUAUUAGAUUAUA